GCGAAAUUUGACGAAGACACUCUUCUUGCGGGCUGCGGCGAUGGAUGUGUACGCGUGGUGCAGCUGCACCCCAAUAGACUAGCAGGAAUUUUGGCGGGGCACGGACGGCACGACAACCCGGUGGAGCGACUGGCCCUAAACAGCGACAAAACCCUGAUAGCAACGGCUGCGCACGACGACCGCAUCCGGAUUCACGACGCGACAAAGGUGGAAUUCAUGAAGACCAAGGUUGUUAGGCGGCUCAAGAAAGUAAACCCUAAACCCUAA